AUAACAGACCUAACUUAAAGUCCUGCAUCAUGAAUUGAAUUUAAUGAUUUAAAGUUUGGAGAGUACCAUGAGAAUAAAUAUGCUACUUUAAAUGCUGUUACAAUAACAGCCUCCAUUUCUCACUCACUUCUAACUAAUUCAAGCUUCCUUCACCGCCUUACACGUGUACGGUGGCCGCCGGCAUGGACGCUCCCCUGCUCCACGGCGUUGGACAAGAGGCGGCGGCGGAGGAGGGUGACUAUGCGGCGGUGAAGAAUUUCCAGGACGCCAGGAAGGUUUUCUGGACUGAAAGUGUCAGAAUAUGGCGAAUUGCGGUGCCUAUCAUUUUCAACAUAUGGUGCCAAUAUGGUGUUAACUCCAUUACCAGCAUCUUCGUUGGCCAUCUCGGUGACCUUGAACUCUCUGCUGUUUCUCUCAUUAACUCUGUCAUUGGUACUUUCUCUUUUGGCUUCAUGCUUGGCAUGGGGAGCGCAACUGAGACUCUUUGCGGUCAAGCUUUUGGAGCUGGGCAGGUUGGCAUGCUUGGUGUUUAUAUGCAGCGCUCGUGGGUAAUCUUAUUUGUGACUAGUAUUUGCCUCUUGCCAAUAUACAUUUUUGCUGGUCCAAUUUUAACGCUUCUUGGCCAACAGAAAGACAUAGUUGAUCUUGCUGGACAUUUCUCUCUUUUAGUAAUUCCUCAAUUUCUCUCACUUUCCCUCAAUUUUCCAACCCAAAAGUUCCUUCAAGCUCAGAGUAAGGUGAAUGUAAUUGCAUGGAUUGGGUUUGUGGCUCUAAUUGUGCAUGUUGGGAUGCUCUGGCUCUUAAUUUAUGUAUUAGAUUUAGGCUUAACUGGUGCAGCGUUGGCGUUUGAUAUCACAAGUUGGGGAAUCUCAGUGGCUCAGCUUGUUUAUGUGGUGGUUUGGUGUAAGGAUGUAUGGACUGGAUUGACAUGGUUGGCUUUUAAGGAUAUAUGGGCCUUUGUUAAGCUGUCCCUUGCAUCAGCUGUUAUGCUUUGCCUUGAAGUUUGGUAUAUGAUGAGCCUCAUAGUUCUUGCUGGACACCUUGGUAAUGCAGUGAUUGCUGUUGAUUCCAUCUCUAUAUGCAUGAAUUUCAAUGGGUGGGAAAACAUGAUCUUCAUUGGAGUAAAUGCAGCUAUCAGUGUCAGAGUUUCCAACGAACUUGGACUUCGACGUCCAAGAACAGCUAAAUUCUGUGUCUAUGUGACAAUAAUUCAGUCUCUUUUAAUUGGAAUCUUCUUCAUGGGUGUUAUUUUAGUAACUAAAGACUAUCUUGGCUUAGUUUUUACAAACAGCAAGCCUUUGCUUGAGGCGGUUUCAGAACUAGGAAACCUCCUUGCCGUGACAAUGAUUCUUAACAGUGUUCAACCAGUGAUUUCAGGUGUUGCUGUUGGAGGUGGGUGGCAGGCCCUGGUGGCUUACAUCAAUUUAGGUUGCUAUUAUCUGUUUGGGCUUCCACUGGGUUAUGUUCUUGGUUAUACAGCAAAUUUGGGGGUUAAGGGACUUUGGGGAGGGAUGAUAUGUGGAAUUGUUCUCCAGACCUUGGUGCUCUUGUUGAUACUUUACAAAACCAAUUGGAACAAAGAGGUUGAAGAUACAUCUGAACGAGUAAGGAAAUGGGGUGGGCAAGACAUCCAAGUUGAUAACACAGUGGCUUCGGCAUAAGGUUGAUUAGGUCGCGGUCUCACUGUGGUUUUUGAAUGAGUUUCAAACACAUUAGUAGAAUUAGGUCGUUGAAUGAGUUUCCAAACACAUUAUUAGUAGAAUUAGGUCGCGGUCUCCAAAAUCAUUUGUGUCUAUUUUGUAUUAUUGGCUGAGUAAAGGUUCCAUUUACGAGAGUAAGAUUUAAAUUAAUUUACAUUUUAUGUGUCAGCUUGAUUUCAAUGCACUAUGACACUCAAAGAAAAAAGCGUCUGAAUAUGAAGUUGAAAUUGGGUGAGAUUUUCAUUUA